GGGAAACGAAUCAACAACAAUAAUUUUUGUUUUUCCCUAAUUUUAGCUUGAAAACUCGUCUUUAAUCGAAUUUAUUUGUUAAAAAAAAAUCUCCGAGCUCAGAAUGGAUCCCGAAGAAAUCGAAUUUAUUGGCGAAAGAGAAGAAAUUGGAAUAAUUCCAAAUUUUAAUUACGAACCAUUGCAUCUCAUUGCUGGCACAGUUGGACCGUUUCGGGCUGGAAUCCCGCUUCAUGUCCCACUGUGGAUCGCAAUGCAUCUGCGGAAGCAACAGAAAUGUCGUAUUGUUACACCCGAGUGGAUGGAAGUCGAAUUUCUGGAGGAUUUGAAGGAGGAGGAAAAAAGAACCAAAGGUUUUUGUAAAAUGCCGUCGCCGCACUACAUGGUAUUAGCGAAACUAGUGCUGGGCAUCUCCAUGGAGGACAUUCCAAGUGCCGAAGUGAUAAAAACUCUCAUAAAAGAUCUCUUCGAUUGUCGUUGUGCGAAGCUGCGAAAAACAAUCGACUCGAUGCUAAGUGGCGACGAGAAUCAAACAAAGCUGGAUAAUAUCACAAUGUUCGAAUUGCAUUCCGUGAGACCUUUUGUGACGCACGCUCUGGAUUUAAUAUCGCGUCUGGAGCGGGCGACACUUCAACAGCAGCAACAUCAACAAACUUUGGGGUCAUCUUCUUACUAUUCGCGAUAGAAUUAGGAAUCUUGUUGUAAUUUUUUUAGAAAAUCAAUCAAUAUAUCAUUGAAUUUUUUAUUAAGG